CCUAUGAUGCUUCUGAGGUCGACCGAUGAAGGCAAAAAUUUGUGUAUGUCGACCCAUUCCCGUUUUAAAUUAACUGAGGUCGACCUAUGAUUCUUCUGAGGUCGACCCAUUCUCGUUUUAAACUAACUGAGGUCGACCGCUUUAUGGAGUGGUCGACCGCGUAUUGUUCAUUUCGAAAAUGUGACUAACGUGUAUUCUUGCUUGUUUAAUCGCAGAAUGUUUGGCAAAAAUAAGAAAAGAAAGUCACAAAAAGCUGCUGCCUCAAGUUCGGAAUGGGAAGAGUUCAAUCCCAAACUAUUCCAGACCAAGGAGCAAAGUGACAACUAUGCAGAGAAGAGAAUGCACAACCGCAGGGUGGCUCCGGGAAGGCCAUUGACGACGGAUGCGUAUUCUCAUUUCGAGAAUUACGAGUUUCUGGGACCCUUCAUCGACCAAGAGUGGCUGAAGGUGAUAUCUCUCAAUGUACCAUACUACCCAAAACUGGUACAGUACUUCUACAACAACAUCGUCUACGAGCGCAAUGCAAAUGGAUCCAUUCACGCAUUCAAAUCCUAUGUGAAUGGGGUGGCGAUGCGCAUCAGCAAGAAUGUGUUGGCGCAAGUACUUCAGGCUCCAAACGAGGGGAAGAGAAUCAAUUCUUACGGUGCUUGGAAUGAAACGCAUUUCACGAGAGCCAAGCAAAUCCAGACGGUAUGUGGUCUUGAUGAAGAGGAAGAUGCUCAGGGGCGCAAUAGGCCAUCGAGUAACCACCUGACAAUUCAAGCCAGAGUUCUUCACCACAUGCUUUCCUACAACAUUCUGCCAAAGGGUGGACAUCGGGAGACAGUCACCUACUUCGACAUGGAGCUCCUCACCAACCUACUGUUAAGCGAGAAGGUGAACUUGCCAUACUUAAUCUUUAACCACAUGCUUACUGCUGCAGAAAGUUCAAACAGGAAUCUUCCCUAUGGGAUGAUCCUCACUGUGCUAUUUGAGCAUUUUAAUAUGAAUUUAAGUGAAGAGGUGGGGUUAAGAAUCUCAAGGCAGGAGUUCUAUACUGUUUCAUCUCUGAAAAAGAUGGGCUUUGAGCUGCGUAAUGGUGAGUAUGUCAGAGUAAACAAUGCUCAUGGUGGUGAUGAUGAUGAUGAUGAUGAUGAUGAGGGUGAUGAAGGAGCUCGAGACGAGCCAAUGGGGGAGGCACAGAGUUCAACUCCACCGAUCACCUUACAGCGUGUGUGGGAGCGCAUGGAUGGCAUGUACGAGUACAUGGGCCAGAUGUCCACCCAGAUGACUGGCAUGCACGACUACAUGGGGCAAAUGACCGCCCAGAUGAGCACAAUGCAGGUGACCGUGAAUGAGAUGCGAGAUGAGUGGCGAUCUUUCAGCGGAAGAUACAUGCAUCCCACCACAUCCGACCACCAUCAUGCUAGCACCACCAAUGAAGAAAAUGUGGAUGAGAGAGAGGGGGGAGAUGAGUAGGAGAAAUGAUUUUUUAUAUUGUGUGUUUUAGUGGUCAAAACGAUUGUUGAGUGUUAUUCUGUUGUUUUUUUAGUUUUAUUUUUAUGUGUGAACAAUUAUGAUUUCUGUUUUAUUUUUAGUUGUUAUGCUAUGAAUUGAUGAGUCCUUGUUAUAAUUAUGACUAAUUAUGAUGGUUUGAAACAUAAUUUAUACGAUUAAAAGAACCACACAAAUCGACAUACAUAAGCAAAAAAGACACGGGGCAUAGGGUGACUUUCUUGUAUUCGGUCGACCUCGUAACGGAUUAGGUCGACCGCGAAACCAACACUUGAUCUUGAUUUUACGUCAAUUAAUUGGACACUUUGAUAGAACACUUAUCUUCUAUCUGGUCGACCUCUUUCAUCAUCCGGUCGACCAUUUUGUUAAUGACUGCAAUCAAGUGGUCGACCUAUAUACCUUAGGUGGUCGACCAUGUUGUUUCUGACGCCAACGAAAUGGCCGACCCAGGUUUUAUUCUGGUCGACCAAAAAUAUCAACUUAAACUAAGUGCGGUCGACCAGGUGGUCGUUGAGGUCGACCGCAAUGCUUUCUCGUGCUGCCCAAAUUAGUCGAUUCGGUGGACCGCCUUCAGCAAUAGGUCGACCGAAAAGUGCAUGUCACCGUGACAUGCAUGUCAUAGUAGGCAUACCCUAGAAGUUAUAAUGGACAUUUUAUUCAAGUUAAUCGGAUAAAAAAGUAACCAAAGCGAGUUUCAACUGAAUUUUACUUGUAUUGGACUUCACGAAACUUUUAUACAGGGGGGUUUCAAAAAAAAGAGCGUAUGAUUUUUUAAACAAAAAUCUCUAUACAAUUGUAUAUAUGACGCAUGUAAUUGUUGUUUAACACGUUAUAGACAAUGAACCAUAAACUAAGAUCACAUUUUAAUCGUUUAUUCCAUGUUAUAGUCUCAACGGCGGAUCCAGAACACAGAAGAGCACUGGGACAAAUUUCAAUAUAAUAUUAUAUACCGUAAACAAAAACAGUCAAUAUUUUUAAAUUUUAGUAUUUCAAAUAAAAAAAAUAGUUACAAGAUUACCAACGAUAACAGACAAAUGACUAAUAUUUUGAUGUGUUACAAAAUAUUUAGCUAAUAUUUUGUAUUUUGAAAGGUUUGGCUAAUAAUUUGGAAAGUCUAAAAGGUUUAACUAAUAAAUUGUAUUUACUCAA